AUGUCAGCUAAAAUUCCCAGAAACUUCAAGCUCCUUGAAGAGCUCGAGAAGGGCGAGAAAGGCCAAGGAGCAGAGGCUUGCUCCUACGGUCUUGCGGACGGAGAAGAUAUGAUGAUGAGCAACUGGAACGGAACUAUUCUCGGCCCUCCUCAUAGUGUCCAUGAAAAUAGGAUAUACAGUGUCAAUAUCCAUUGCGGUCCCGAUUACCCGGACAAUCCUCCUGAGAUCCAAUUCAUCUCACGGGUCAAUCUUCCUUGUGUAGACCAACGAACCGGCAAGUUCCAGAAAUACAAGAAACUCCAAAGCCCGUCACAAGCAGUCAAUGCCUUGAAAGCCGGGUAUGAGGCUCUCGACCUGCUUCAUUCAGCCUCUCAAGGAAAUCAACGCAAUACAAAUCGCAUUGUCGAGCUCAUAUCAGAAAUCCAGUCGAUAAAGCAGAGAGAAUCGGCGCUGCAGAGAGAGCUCUCUAAGAAAGAGCCGAAGCCGUUAUCUCGGAAGCAAGAAAAGACAAAAGAGGCUCGGCGUUUACAAGACCAAACCGCCCGACGACAUCCGGAUGCCACUUCUAUUCUUUCUCGUCCUCGACCCGUCGUGAGCGGCAAGCGUCGAGUACCCGUUCUUGUAAACGCGCGGGGAGUGCCCUUCCUGCGUAUCAAAAAGCCCCAACCCAAGAAUUUAAGCGGCGUGAUCCGGUCAAAACUUGAGAAUCGAUGGAGCCGUAUCGAACGCCGGGAUAGGCUGGACCGGGAGUUACUGUUUGCUAAUGACGAGGAUAAUUGGGACGCUUUGACGACUGGGUCUGAGUCCGACACAUGGACUAAAGGGGUCAAAGACGCAUUGGGAACACUUAAUCAGCAAAUCCAUGAUUCUGACAAGAAAAACAUAGAACUUGCAGAGGCCAUGUGGAAAGUUGUUCUUGCCGAGCGCAAGUUGGCAGCUGAUGAAGAAAAACAGAAGUCGACUGAAAAGCCAAGUGACACUUGA